GGUAGCCUGAAGCUGUCUGUGCCCUUUGCUGUCCUGCCCAAGUCUGCCAGCUGCCCCCUUCCCCGUCCAGGCAGCACGGAGCAGGGAGAGGCUGUGCUGCGUGGGAUUUUCAAAGCAAAAUACCAGCAGAGAAGGGUUGGUGGUGAGCUGUGGGCUGGCUGUGCUGCCCAAUGGAGGAGGAGGGGUCCUGGGGAGCUGGAAGUGCUGGGGCACUGCAGGAGGGGAGUUUAGGUACUGCUCUGCUCCAAAUGCUAUGCUAACCUCCCCACUGAAUGUGUAUUAAAGUAGAGUGGUUGCCAAAUGUAUUUAGGGUUGAUUUCUGCCUUUAUUUUGGGCCUGAAAAGGGGUCUGUGUGCCAAGAACUUUAUCUGGUAUUUUCCAGCUGUGUAGCAGAUGCUCUGAAGUCAGUUCUUGCCUGUGUCCUUAAGCUGCAGCAGCUACAGAACAGCCCCAUUAAUCUUCUCCUUUCUGGGGGGAAUACAGUGUACUGCCAAAUAGAGUUGCUAAGCAGGAAAAACAAAAUGCUUUCUCCUGACAGAAGGUCUUUUAGCAAAUCUUUGUGUUUUCUUUCCAAGAAACCAUUUACCUGGCAAGGUUAUGCCAUGGUUAUAUACAUGUGUAAACACUUACACGAAGGCAAAGCAUAGUUAAUCUAAUAAAAAUCCACAGUAGACUGGGAUGCAGCUGACGAGCAGGUCAGAGAAAGCUUAAUACGAACAGCAUUUGUAAUGAACUACAUAUAGUGGCAGGGUUAGCGAGGAAAAGGCUUUUCAGGUGAGAAUUCCUGGGGAUUUUGAAGCUAAUGGAAAUGUGAUUUUUUUUUUUCAUUAGCAAGACAUUAAUAAGGAUUGAGAAGAGUAAGUAAAGAGUAAAAGUAAGAGUAGUAAUUGGAGGAAUUCAAAUAUAAUUAAACCUCUAGCACAGUUGCUAGAGGUGUAAAAGAAGCAACCAUUAACUUUAAUUCUUAAUGCAGCUUGUAAAUGGAAAAACAAGCAUCCCUGUGGUGGAUGAAACAUGUAGAGCAGAGCUCUUCUGGCUGGCUAAGUGCUUGUACAGUUAACUAGCAUUUUGCAAUGCUGAAAAUUAAUAAAUUGCAAAAGUGGUAUUUAACUUUAAUGCAGUAUAAUCACAGGCAUUUAUGAAGCAGUCAAUGACUGUGUUCAACAUUCAUUUGCCAUAUUAAUUUUUGCUAUGAAAUAUUUUUAUAAGUCCAAUUAGGUAAAGGGUAAGGCAGAUUCUUAGAGUGUCUCCCUUGGCUGAGAUGUUUAAUUGCCUCCCAGGAACCAAAACGUCCGCUGUUCUUUGCCACUUUCGUGUAUCUAACAUCAGACAGAGUUGUUUGUUUUUUCACCCCAAUAAAUAACAACAAAAAGCAGGUAACCCUACAGUGUACAAACACAGGUUUAAUUCUGUUUUCAGAUUGUUCGUUACUGAAACUUCCUUCGUUAAGUAUAAAAUAAAUAACCAUUUGCCAUGUCCAUCAUUGGAGCACCGGUUCCUGGAUCAAAAGCAGACGGAAGGAAAAUGAGAGGUGCCUUGUGUGCGGGGCCUGGCAGCAAGGACUGCUCAGAGUUCCCUGAGCUAAGGGGUGCAUCAAGGAUGCUUGACCAUAUCAGGCCCGUCUCCUCCCUGGAGCAUAGUUUUGUCCCAGAAGAGAUUUUCCGAGCUCUGACCUCUGCUGCCGGUUCUCUCUCUAGCCCAGAGCACCUGCAAUCCCCGCAAACGACCAAAACCGCAGUGGGCUUCAAGGGCUGCCUGCAACCCCCUGAUGGGCUCUGGCAUCACCCGAAUCGCCGCAGCAAGUUCAGGCACCUUACGGACCACCCUGUCAGCCUGACAGGAGCUGGAAGGGAUGUCUCUUACCUGUGUGACAUCGUGGCUGGCCAAGAAGAUACAAAACUGGGGACUCCCAGGAGCUCUUUUUCCAAGAGCAGUCAGGAGCAAAGACGAAGCCAUGGUGCCGUCUCAGGACUUGCCCAAGCAAGCCUAGCGGAGAGCCUGGUUCCGGAGGAGUUUCAGAUUGUGAAGAACAGGGGAGUUUUGCCCUUGAAGUACUUCGAUGAUAAAUACACCACUCUGCUUGAGGACCGUGAAAAGAAACUACGACUGUUCCCAUCCAUGCAGAGGUACGUGAGUCUGCUGGAGAGGAUUCCCCAACAGAUGAAGACCCUCUACAAAGAAAUGAUGGCCCAGCGCUUGGUCGACAGACAUAUUACAGAGGAGUUAUUCUAUUUCAAGGAAUCUGUUGCACAGCUGACCAGAGAGCUGUAUGAGCUACGGGAACAUGACCACAAGGUGACCAGAGAAGCAGAACAAGCUCAACAGGAGCUCGCCGCAGCAAUGCAGGAGGCUGAGAUGAAUGCAAACCUUGUGGAAGAGUAUCGGGAGUUAUAUGAGUUACAGAGAACCAGGCUGGAAGAGCAGAUUCUCCUGCUAAGCCAAGAGAGAGACAUUUGGAGCUCAGCUGCAUAUGACCUGGCACUGGAGGUGAUAGAUAGAAACCGGCUCAUGUUGGCUCGCAGGCUCUAUGUUAGUGAAAAGACACUGACCAAAGUUCUCAAACAUUUCAUAGUCCUCUUGGCAUCGCAGGACACAAGAGACCUUGCUGAUCUGCAGGAGGAGACUGAGCAGUUCAGACAAAUGCUGGGUUGCAUCGGAGCAGAAAUAGACUGCUGUGAGGAAUCCAGCAAGGAAAAACUGCUUGUUGUCCGCCAAGGCCUCACCAGGUGGCUUCAGUACUUCCAGGACGAUAUCUUUUCAUCUCCGAUGAAGGAAGAGCUACUGGAUGAAAUGCUACAAGAUAUCAAGAACUUGGAAAAUAUAUUAAAUGAAAACCUGCAGCAGUACGAAGGGGAGGUGUACCUAACAAAAAUGGAAAGUCUACAGAAUGUUUCCAGUCUACACGAGCAGUGGACAGAGCGAGGACACAAGGUGCUGAAUCGACACCGGGACUUCAACAGAGCGUUGCCCUCAGAGCACGCUGCCAUGGAAGAAAUAAACCAAAGAGCAUGUGAACUCUGCCGACAAUAUCAAAUAAGGAUAAGUGGGGAUAAUGGCACAGCUAAAUUUUUGGCAGGCUUGGUGAGAAGUAUGGAAGAUUGGGUAGUUAGGGCGCAGAAGCUGAAGCGAGGCUGUGGCAUGCGCAAAUCUGAGCUGCAGGCCUUUCAUCACCCGCUUCCCGCGUGGGUGGCCCAGGUGGACGCAGUGAUGAGCUUCACAGGCUCCGGCCAGUUGCAUGAAGAUGAGAACAACGAGAAACCACGUCUCCCAGUGGUACCCGAAGAAGUGUUUAAGAUGAUUCAGCAAUGGAUUCUGUCCAUGAAUAAUGAGAUUGAGAAGAACAUCACGCAUCUUAACCAAGAAGUGACUGAACUGCACAGAAACUUGACGCUGUGGCUGACGAAUUUGCUGAGAUACAUGGUCCCAACCCGUUUGUGCUGUGAGUGUCCCCAACGGGAGAAUGCUGAUAUGGAAGAGGAGCUCAGAUUUCUGAGUGCUCGUAAGCUAGAAGAAGAAGCUGAAGAGCUGGUUACCAAGAUCAGCAGACUCUCUAGUUAUAUAAUCAGCUGCUGCCAGGAUAUUGUCAGUGCCAUCCUUUGGAAGAAACGGUCAGAGAUGGAUUCAGAAGAUGAUUUAGAGCUGCAGGAGCUGAAUAAGAUCAAGGUUGAGUGCUGUAAUUGGAUUCAAGCGUGUAGUCUUGUCCUUUCGGAGAUCAAAGGCACUCCAGUCUCCUUUCUGAGCUUAGAAGAACUGAAAAAACUCUUUGGGCCAGAGGUGUUGCAACUGAAGCUCAACCUUAAGGACACUGUCAUUUCUUCAUCUCAGGAACGAUUUGAAGCUGAGGACAUCAACAGUGAUAAGAAACCCAUAACAGAGGAAGAAACAUUACAACACCAGGCAGGGGCUGGCACUGAUUUCCUGACUGAAGGCGAUGAAGCAACUGCAGACAUGAUCAGAUAUGUAGGACAUGAUUUCAACAUCCACCUGAAGUCCCUGAAGUCAGACAUCAUUUCAGUCACGGGGAGGGAGAUGACUGCCAACAAGUCGUCGACCUCCUUUUCUCAGAAAGAAUUUGAAACUUUGGCAAUGGUGGAACAUCUGCAAGCACGGCUCCUAGAAACAGAGAUCCGUGCUCAGAAUGCAGAGGAGAGAUCAGAAGGUCUUGAAGAGAAGCUGGAAGAAGCUCUGGAGAGAAUCCAGGAGUUGGAGAAAGAGCUGGAGAAAGAGCACAAAUCUGUCCCAGAAGCAACAUCUAAACAAGGGCAAGAAAAAGUUUUUCAAGAAAGAGUGUCAGAAGCCCUGGCUCGCUCAACUUCGCCCAAAGCUGCUACCUCUGGCCGAUCCAAGAAACCCCGCAAAACCAAACAUUAAAGAGUAGCAAUGCCCAUGGAAAGUUUCUUAGUGCCCAUUUUAUAGUAGCGUCUCACCCCCUGAGCCACUGCCUUUACCACCUCCUCCACUACUGCAACAUCUCUUUGCCUGUGUCUUACGUGUGCAGUAGAUUCAGCACUCCCUAGAACUGCUGAUCUCACUGUAAAUAUGCAAACAGAAGCACAACAGCAAUGUUCCUUCCACUCAGUCCACUCUGCAUUUAUGCUGUUCUUUCAGCUGGUUCUGCCACUUCUGUACUUGUCUCUGCUUAUCCUCUACUUCCCCCAUACCUCUGAAUGACUUUGCAGCUUGUUGUCUUGUAUCACUAUUGCUGCCUUGACUUUCUCCUAUGCACAUCUCUCCUGCCUGUGCUACCCACCCCCUGCCUUGCCCUGGGCUUGGCUCCUGUUUGUAUUCACCACUCUUCUCCUGUUGCUCCAUCUCAUUCUGCCUCACCCCAUGUUGAAUCAUGCAAGUAAGUUGUUUGUACCUCUUUCUUCUCAUACUGAGGGUUUUUUUUCUUAGUGCCAGUGUGGCCUGGUUGUAAGUAACUCAAGUUGCACCCUCUUGACCAAAUUCAGAAUCCUGGGUAGAUUUCUGAUCACUCUAAUCCUUUAAUUUUCUUUCCCAUUUUUGUUUUUAACUUAAAUAAAAGCUGUUGUUUUCUCAUG